UUUACAUAAGUUGGUGGAAGGAAAGACUGGAUAACGUUCCCUCUAUUCAUAUUCUUCUGCCUACACUCUGCUCUGUGUUAGUGUCACUGCUCACAUGCUUUAACUCAGUGCUUCUUUCCAUUUUCAUUAUCCAAUGGCUUCUUUUCCUCUUUACAAGCCAACCCACACCAUUUUCUCCAAUACCCAGUUCAAGGGCUUGCGCAAUGGCUUUUUCUGGCGACCCUCUUACUCCUUUGAGGCUCUUCCUGAAAACAAAGUACAACCCAUUAGAGCUUUGGUUGCUAAAUCCCCAUUUGCCCUGUUUCAACCUCCCCAAGUUGAAGAAGAGUCACCGUCUGAGUUGGAGCCCGUGGAUCCUGACUUCUACAAGAUUGGGUAUGUCCGAAGCAUGCGAGCUUAUGGUGUUCAAUUUAAAGAAGGGCCAGAUGGUUUUGGUGUGUAUGCUUCCAAAGAUGUAGAGCCUCUUCGCCGACCAAGGGUUAUAAUGGAAAUUCCUCUUGAAUUGAUGUUAACCAUAAGCAAGAAGCUCCCAUGGAUGUUUUUCCCGGAUAUAAUUCCCUUGGAUCAUCCAAUAUUUGAUAUUAUUAACUCAACAAAUCCAGAGACAGAUUGGGACCUAAGGUUGGCAUCCCUUCUCCUAUUUGCAUUUGACUGUGAAGGCAACUUCUGGCAAUUGUAUGGUGACUUCUUACCAAGUGCAGAUGAGUGCACUAGCCUACUUCUAGCUUCAGAGGAAGAACUUUUGGAGCUACAGGAUCCCAAUCUCGCUUCCACCAUUAGAAAACAGCAACAAAGAGCCUUAGAAUUCUGGCACAAGCAUUGGCACAGUGAAGCACCCCUUAAAAUAAAGCGUCUUGCUCGUGAUCCACAAAGGUUCAUUUGGGCAGUAAGUAUUGCACAGUCACGAUGUAUUAACAUGCAAAUGAGAGUUGGUGCGCUAAAUCAAGAAGCAAACAUGCUGAUUCCUUAUGCUGAUAUGCUGAACCAUUCAUUUGAGCCAAAUUGUUUUUUCCAUUGGCGUUUUAAGGACAGGAUGCUUGAGGUUCUCAUAAAUGCUGGACAUCGUGUUAGAAAAGGAGAUGAGAUGACAGUUAAUUACAUGAGUUCGCAGAAGAAUGACAUGUACAUGCAAAGAUAUGGAUUUUCGUCACCUGUGAACCCAUGGGAUGAGGUACAGUUCUCAGGCAAUGCACGUAUUCAUUUGGAUUCCUUCUUGUCAAUCUUCAAUAUUUCUGGCCUUCGCGAAGAGUAUUACCAUAACAACGAUUUGUCAACGGAUGGCAAUACUUUUGUUGAUGGAGCAGUCAUAGCUGCAGCACGAACAUUGCCAAGUUGGUCAGACGGGGAUGUUCCUCCAAUUCCUAGUGUGGAAAGAGAGGCUGUGAAGGAGUUGCAAAGUGAAUGCCAAAAGAUGCUGGCAGGAUUUGUUACAACCUCUAAGCAAGACCAGAAAUUGCUAGAUUCCAUGACAGAUGCUACGAGGACAUUUGAAGCUGCAAUUAGGUAUAGAUUGCACAGAAAAUUGUUGAUGGAGAAAGUUAUCAAAGCAUUAGACAUGUACCAAGAGAAAAUACUGUUCUAAUCCCGAUUCUACUGCAGGAGAAUAGUUAGGAAAUUUUGUUAACACUGCGGUAUAUACCUGUAAUCCCUCUCACCGAAACAAUGCUCGGUAUCCAUUAACUGCAGAUUCUUCAUUAUGUUGUACGUUUUAAG